UACGUUACUGCCGAGAUCGAGGAGUUGUCUAUAUAUAUAUACCAAAAAUUAAGAGAACGCGCGUCAUAAUGAUACAUACGUAUCAUAUGAAGGUUAUAUAGUGGAAAUUGUUACAAGCUUUUUAUAAUUUGUUAAUUUCAAGUGUAAAUUGCAUAAGCAAAAUGAUUAUUUCACAGUUAAUAUGUCGUUCUAUAUUAUCCAAAGUAACGAGAAAUGUUUAUAGCAAUGGUAAACAAAAAAUUAAAUUUAUGUCGACACAAAACUCAAAACCAGAUACCAAAAGUAAAGUUGAAACUGUUCAUAGCAUUGGAAUUCACAUGCACCCUGUUACUAAUUUUGACAAAAGAAUAUUAGUAUGGGUUAAACGAUACCCAUCUAUGGCUGAUGUACCUGCACAAGUCACACGUGACUGUAUAUUGAAUGCACGAAGUAAAGCUAGAGUACGCACUUGCAACAUUAUGAUAGUAAUCUCAGUAAUAGGAUUUCUAAUUGCUGCUAUAAGUGGAAAACGAGAAGUAGCAAAGGGAAAUACACUGACUAAAAGAGAUUUGGAAUGGCAAAAAAGCUUACGAAAAGAACAAAUAGCAGCUGAAGAUAAAAAGUGAAGCACUUAAAUCAAUAGAGAUAUUUAUAUUAUAGAAACCAAUGAAUAUAACAUGUAAUAAUUUAAAUGUUUAUUUUUGCAUGCAGUAUUUUUGGAAUUAUAAAGUGAUAGUACUCAGAAUAAUAUAAUAAUUUUCAAUAGCUUUAAAAAAUAGUUAACUAUAUUUAUUAUAUGCAAGUAAAAGCUAUUUUCAUAAAAUAGCUCAAAAAAUAUAUAUGCAUAUAAUUAUUUAUAUUGCAAUAAUAUUUUUUGUACAUAGAUGUAAUGAAAUAUUACCAUUGCUAUCAUUACUUUCAUACUUAUACUGUAAUCAUAUAAUUUUAAUUUUCAAGUAAGAAUAUUUUCGAAAUUAAAAUAUAUUUUGUCUGUA